GGAAGGGAUGGGGCAGAGAGCGAAGGCAGCCCGUCCUAGCCUCUGCUUGCAUCUCGUUCCCGAAGAGCCAUGGCUGCCUCCUCCGCCGCCCCGUCGGGGCUGCCCCUCCCGGCGGCGCUUCUCCUCCUGGCCCCGGCGCUGUUCUUCCGCCCCGUGGCCGGCCAUCCGGGCCAAGGGGCUUCCACCUGGCUGCGCUUCUCCCGCCUGCCCUUCCCAGAGGACGCGCUCUUCCUCCACCACGCCUUCCCCGAGGGCUUCCUCUGGGGCGCGGGCAGCGCUGCCUAUCAGGUGGAGGGCGCCUGGCGGGAGGAGGGCAAAGGGAGCUCCGUCUGGGAUGCUUUCGCGCACCGCAGGGCCCCCUCUUCUCCGCCCGCUCCGUCGGGGGACGUGGCCGGCGACAGCUACCACCACCUGGAGCGCGACCUGGCCGCGCUGGGCCUCCUGGGCGUCUCCCACUACCGCUUCUCCUUGGCCUGGGCUCGCCUCUUGCCCAACGGCACCUUGCCCGCCAACCCGGCCGCCCUGGCUUACUAUGGGGCGCUGCUCUCCGGCCUGGAGGAGCGUGGCAUUGAGCCCGUGGUCACCCUCUACCACUGGGACCUGCCCCAGCAUCUGCAGGAGGCCCACGGCGGAUGGGAGAACCCGCUCCUGGUGGACCUCUUCCGGGACUACGCCGAGGUGUGCUUCAGGCACUUCGGGCACCGCGUGCGGUACUGGCUCACCAUGGACAGCCCUUACCUGGUGGCCUGGCACGGCUACGGGACGGGCAAGCUGGCUCCUGGCCUGCGGGGAGGGAGGGAGGCAGCCUACAGAGUGGCCCACCACCUCCUCAAGGCUCAUGCUAAAGUGUGGCAUCUUUACCACAAUCAUUUUCGUCCUGUUCAAGGAGGCAGAGUAUCAAUUGCCUUAAGUUCUCACUGGAUUGAACCUCAGCACAUGACUGAAAAUAAUAUAAAGGAAUGCCAGAAGUCUCUUGAAUUUGUGCUGGGCUGGUUUGCUAAGCCUAUAUUUAUUGACGGAGACUAUCCACAGAGCAUGAAGAGUUAUCUUUCCUCAGCACUGCCAGAAUUCACUGAAGCUGAGAAGAAGUUUAUCCGGGGGACAGCUGAUUUCUUUGCUCUUUCUUUUGGAGCCACAUUGAGUUUCCAUCUUGUGGAUCCUGAUAUGAUAUUCCAGCAGCAGGAAACACUGAGCCUAAGGCAGCUGCUUUACUGGAUAAGCCAUGAAUAUAACAGACCACCGAUUUUCAUUGUGGAGAACAGCUGGUUUGUUUCUGGCAUCACGAAGACAGAUGGCUCCAUUUACAUGAAUUAUAUGAAAUAUUUUGUUUCGGACACUUUAAAAGCUAUCAGGUAUGAUGGAGUUCCUGUCAUUGGAUACACUGUUUGGUCUCUCAUGGAUGGCUUUGAGUGGCUCAGAGGCUACAACAUUAGACGUGGUUUGUUUUAUGUGGACUUUGAAAGCCAGGAUAAAAAACUGAUAUUGAAGUCUUCAGGAAUGUUCUACCAAAAGUUGAUAGCAGACAACGGUUUCCCUUUAAAACCAGAAGACCAGCCAGCAGAAGGAACAUUCCCUUGCAAUUUUGCAUGGGGAAUUACUGAAAACUUUCUUCAGGUAGACACUACUCGAUCGCAAUUUCUUGACCCAAAUGUUUAUCUUUGGGAUGUCCAUCAGACCAAGAAGCUCAUUAAAAUAAUUGGAGGGGUUGCCCUACCUCGCAAACCUCACUGCGUUGAUUUUGCUGCUAUCAGGCUCCAGAUUUCUUUACUCAAGGACAUGCAUAUCACACACUUCCAUUUUUCACUCAAAUGGCCAUCCAUUCUCCCUCUAGGCAAUAUGACCUCUGUGAAUCACACACUUCUGUUUUACUAUGAGUGUUUUGUCAGUGAACUUCUCAGAGCGAAUGUAACUCCUGUUGUUGCUUUGUGGCAACCUAGUGUCGAGAACCAAGGGCUUCCCCUUCCUCUUGGAGGAUGGGAGGAACAAAGGACUGUGGAGGCUUUUGCUGAGUAUGCUGGGUUCUGCUUUAAAAAACUUGGCCAGCAUGUCAAAUUUUGGAUCACUAUGAAUGAGCCAAAUAUGAUGAACCUGACCUACAAAGCAGCUCACAAUUUGCUGAAGGCCCAUGCCAAAGUCUGGCACUUGUACGAUAAAAAAUUCAGGAGAACUCAGAAGGGUAAAAUAUCAAUUGCCUUCCAUGCUAACUGGGUUGAACCCGCCUGCCCCUUUUCAGAGAAUGAUGGCAACGCAGCCAAACGAGUUUUGGAAUUUGACAUUGGUUGGCUUGCUGAGCCCAUUUUCAAAAGUGGGGACUAUCCCGAUCUGAUGAGACAAUGGCUUCAGCACAAAAACAGCCUAGGUUUUUAUGCUCCUUACUUACCUUAUUUCACGGAAGAGGAAAAGCAUCUGAUACGUGGUUCGUUUGACUUCCUGGCUUUGAGUCACUACACUACAUUUCUAGUGACCUCUGAAAAGGAAACUCCCAAGCACUACAAUGACCUCCUUGAGAUCCAAAUGCUAGUGGACAUCACCUGGGUGAAAUCACCCAACAGGAACCCAGUGGUGCCCUGGGGGUUACGGAAGCUCCUGAACUGGGUUAAGUUUAAAUAUGGCGACGUCCCAAUUUACAUCAUAGCAAGCGGAAUUGACGAUCAAAAGGAUGUAGAUGAAGACAAGUUGAGAAUGUAUUACAUAGAGAAUUAUAUUAAUGAAGCUUUGAAAGCCUACAUCUUGGAUAAUGUUAAUCUCCAUGGGUAUUUCGUCUAUUCCUUCAGUGAUAGAGGUGAUUCCAGAUCGUAUGGGCUUUAUCGUUACUUGGUAAACCAAUAUGAAGCAAAACCUUCUAUGAUGCAUUAUAGACAGAUCAUUGACAAUAACAGCUUCCCUGGACCAGGAGCUCCACCCCUCCGUUGCCCCAGAGAGUUCAUUCUCUGCCCUGAAUGCAACACUUUACAGCCAAGAAAAUCUUUGUUGGCGUUUAUUGCUUUUAUACUGUUUGCUUUCAUUGUUACUACAUUUAUGAUCACUUACUACUCCAAGAGUAGCCCUGAACAUUGCAUUCCCAUUGCUUGCUGUGCUCCAUCUUCAUUACCUGGGGGAACUUGGAAAUGAAUAAACACUGGGUUGCAAUUACUGUUCCACAAUGAA